AUGCGGCUGCUUCCUUUGCUUGCGCUUCUCGCGUAUCUUGUGCCGUGUCUAUUCGUGUUUGCGGCGCAGAUACCUCAUAGUGAGGGCAACCAGCAUAGGAGCAUCGCCAUUAUAGAAGCUAGGGCAACAGAUCAAGCAACUACAGCAACAGCAGAUGCAACCACUGGAACGACCGCGAGCGCAACUGGCCAUGCGACAGCUACAGCCAAUUCCACCUCGGCCUCCAAUACAACCACCUCAGCCACUACGGCUACAGCGACUUUGGCUACGCCAGCCCCAACUGGCAAUGAUACGAACCCGAUCGCACCUGGCGCUCUCCCCUUGCAACCUACGAUAACACCUGCGUUGGGGGUCGGUGGUUUCCUUCUCAUCGUCGCCGGUGCAGUCCUUGCAAUUAUAGGAAUACGGAAUCUAUGGAUCCAAGUCUUCCUAUCAACCGCUUUCUUAGCGGCUAUUGGUGUAACUGUUCUAAUCGUCUACGUCAUGAAUCCCCCAGUCCGUGUCGCGGUUCAGGGCGCCUACCUCGUCGCUAUUUUCUUCACAGCAGUGACUUUCGGAGCACUUUCGCUUGUAUUUAAGGAAUUAACAGAGGGGCUUGGCUGUCUUUUAGGCGGAUUCUGCAGCAGCAUGUGGCUUCUCUCCCUUAAGCCAGGCGGCCUUCUCACACAAACGGAUUCCAAAAGCGGGUUCAUCGGCGCUAUCUCAGUCACAUUCUAUGCUCUGUCAUUCAGCCACUACACUCGACCCUAUGGACUAAUGGCGUCGACUGGUAUUUCUGGAGGUACUGCUGUUGCAUUAGGGAUUGACUGCUUCAGUCGUGCCGGUUGGAAGGAGUUCUGGCUUUACAUUUGGGCUCUGAACGACGACAUCUUCCCUUUGGGUACAAGCACCUACCCUGUGACUCGUAAUAUCAAAGUUGAGCUUGCCGCCACGGUCAUUAUUGCCGUCCUAGGUGUGAUCUCACAACUCAGGUUAUGGAAAGUAAUCCGGGAAAGAAGGCAGAAAGAGAAUGAGGUUCGCGAAAAAGAGCAGAAGGAAAAGGAGGAGGCCGAGCUCGAGAUAGGGCGGAGGUUCGAAGAGAAGAACAUGGAAGAGCGGCUAGAGUGGGAGGCCAGACAUGGCAAUCCCGACUCCGGCAUUCCAGAGCUUGCAGAUAAUUCAAAGAACGGAUGUACUGCAGACCAUGCAGUCGAUGUGGAGAAAGGUGGUGCAAUUGACACGUCAAGUGUUGCAAGCUCUUCACAGGAGUCCUAUCGUUGCUCUGAUUGCUUAGAGAGGCGAGCGAAUGGUGAAUCUGCCUAUGCUGCUUCGCAAUCAAGUGGGGACACUGAGGACUCUCAGAGUCGACAACUAGAAGAUACCACGGUGGGAGUCGACACAGAAGACCAAGACCAAUCGUCUCCCGACGGAGAAAACGUCCCGCUCAAAGUGUUCGAUGGGGCAGCUGCAGCCAAGAUCAAAGACGACAAUAGUUCUGAUAUGACAGCUAUCGUUGGGUCCGAAGCCGGAACAAUAAGAUCCAAGCGGCUUUCUGGUAGAGACCUGUUGGACAAGGUAUCUGCGAAAAAUAGCGCACGGCUUAUAUCUCAAUCACAAGAAGCGCUGGUCUCCUGCGAUGGCUCAUCCACGCAAGACACCCUAGACGGAAACUCUAAUUCCGCCUCGGAGAGUCACAGCAAUGUGGCGGGAAAUCAUAUGGAAGAAGAAGAUAGACCUGCAUCUAAUCCAGAAGAUGCCCCAAUUCCCUCCGUCGAGCAGGAAGCUGAUAGUAAAGAGACAUCCGGGUUGGAGAAGGAUGUUGAAAAAAGCGUCGGGGAGCCCAGCGUGUAUUCGCGAGGGAUAGACGAGCAAAAGUUCGGUGAAUUGGAACAAGAGGGGAGCAAACAGGAGAAGAAAGAGAAUAGCCCAACAAAGGAAGAAGCUAGCGAGCGCCAACCACCACCACCAACAUCAUCAUCAUCAUCAUCAUCAACCCAGGCGAAGGACAUGCCCGAGCCAAAGGUUGACAAGCAGCCCACAGAAAUACCUCAAGAAAUUGAGAUAAAUGCCGAAACAACAGGGCCAGCAGAUCAAAAUGAUGACAAGCCACGAGCUGUUGGGUCCAGUGUGAAUGGCUCGGCCCCAAAAGAUCAAGAUGAGAAGCCAGUGGGAGUCAGUCAAUCAAAGGAGUCUUCAUCCAAAGAAACGCCCCCAAAAACCAAUGAGUCUGCCCCUGUCAAGCAGAGAUCUUCGAAGUCAGGAUCCGAAACCAAGACUAAGCUUAAGAAAGAAGCACCCCCUCGACUGGAUAUAGAAACUGUGAAACGACUACCACAACGAACAUCAAAGGUAGUACAAUCCUAUAGGACGAACGAGUGGGCUAAGCAUCUGGACGAUGCGGAAGCUCCCGAGCCUGAACCGAUCGAGUCAGUCGAAGAGGAGGAACCAGAAACCCCUGAUGAAGUUAAAGAAGCCGCUGCGCCUGUCAAAGUAGAAGAACUGCUGCAAACACCUUUAAAUGCGCAGCCGCCACCUGCUGUCGAGAGGCGUGUCUCUAUCGCCGAGCCGCCGAUUACAAAGGAAAUUAGCCAAAUGGCCAACGGCUCUCAGUUGCAGUCCAGCGCUCGAGCGCAUAAGAGAGCAUUUUCUGGGCCAGCUGUCUUCCCAGAAACUAAAAUUGACCAUUCUGCACACCCAGGAACCCAAGGCCAACCAGUUCAAGGAGUUACGGAUGCUGCCAAUACCUACGACGCGGUGUCUCCUACGGUCGACUCAGGGGAACAGCCCUGUGAAGAGGCCGAGGUUGCCAGACCUCAGUGGAAAGGGCCGCCCCCUCUCAUCGCAGUGCGCGAGGGCAUGAUGCGAAAUAGAUUGUCGUCUUUCUCGUUCAGCGCCGACCCCUGGGCAUCGAGGUUCGUCCAGGGAUCCGAGGUUUCGCCCCGACAAUCAACGUUCCCCAUCCCCGAAGAAGCAGACGACAUGCCUCUCUCCCGGCGUCGAACAAUGUUGCAUCAGCAGAUGGCUGUGCAGUCUGGUGUAGGUCAAACUUCCGUGAGAAGGAGUACACCAACCCCACUCAACACCCCAAGUUCAUUGGCGGCAUGGCGGGAAUCCGUACGAGAAAAUGUAUAUGACAGGCGAAGACUGGCAGCCCAGACGCCUCCAAUGACCAGCCAAGGGACAGGUGAACGGAAUCCAACAUCUUCCAAGAAGCUGCGGGGACGAGCCUCGUCAGUCAAGUUUGAGAAUGCGAUUGCGGAAGGUAUGCAGCGAGGAGACAUGACAGACUUGCAUCGAGAAGCCUUGCGACGGAUGCAAGCCAUGGCCAAUCGAAAUCGUCCCGCCUGCGUCGCUCAUCCAUUCGGUGUUGCUUUUCUUCUCUCAGCAAUCUUCACCACGACGGCCCUUCCUGUCACCGUGUCUCCUCCUCCUCCUCCUUCUCGUCUCUCAUAUAUUCUCGACUCGUCGCCCGUGUCGGAAACGGCGUCUUUUGCGGCCCCCCGGGAUCCUCCUCUUAUAUCCCCGCCCGAGGCUGAAAAGUCUUCCCUGCCCCCGCGCCGUCGAAGCCCGCGCCGUUCGUGGGAGUCCCACCAGCCUGCAUCGUCAUCGGCCUAUCACUCCAAGCCAACGAGCUCCUCCCGAUCCAUACCGCGACACAAGGGUUUCUGGACUCCCUCCGCCAUCUUACGGCCGCCCUCGGUUCGCCUCGCGAACCCUGUCAACUACGUCCCGCGAAUUACACCGGUCACGGUCCCCCAUCCCUUCCAGGGCUCGGAAGAGAAUCUCUGUCUUGAGGCGCACCGAGACGCAUACCCUCUCCUGUCGAUUCCCGAGCAACGUCGCAGCCGACUCACCCCAUCCCCGAAUAGUCUUGUGGUGGAGCGCAGCCAGGGGGAGACCGAAAGUGGGCGCUCCAGCAUCGCAGUGCCUCGAGCGCAAAGGCGCAGUGGUACCUUCAACGAAGAUUGGCCGUUACAGGAAAUGCCAGAAUCGGCGGGAAAUCAUGGGAGUCCGGAGGCACAAAGUAUUCGUCCACCCGACCGGGCACACCUGACCCUAGAACCCGUGGUCGACCGAUCCAAUCCCCUCGACGACCGCCCCCGACAUAUACAAUCACAGACUUCCCUGCGGUCGCAGGCACAGAUCGCUUCGAUACCGUCGCAUACGGGGCAACAUCCCGGUGGCGAAGCUGACGUGGCGGAGGAGUUGGCUUGGGGACCAGCCCAUCCGUGUUACCCUCAUAUCAACCCGCACGUAUCAGUGAGGUCUCGGGAGUACCAUACGACACGCAUCAUUCGGAUUCGUCGAGAUUGGAUGGUUAGGGGAGACCUGGCCCCGACCUUUUCCAACUUGUAUCCGGAGAUCCUCGAUCCGUUACUGCCUGAGCAGGAAUUCCGCAGGAUUAUUGCUACGGUCAACGACAAGCUCGUAAAAGCAUUCGAUCCAUUCAGCCUUCGGAACUGGAUAGAUGGGGCGCUGGCGCUGCUGACCGGCUGGAUCUGGGAGGAUAUAGGGGUCACGGGAGUCAAAAACCAGCUCAAGCAGAUAGAAGACUGGGUGGAGAAUUGGAACCAUGAGGUCGGCGCAAAGGACGGGGUAUAUAUCUGGAGUCUUCGACGGACGGGUUACAUGUCGUUGGACAUCCAGAUUCCUGAUCCUAAGGUUGGCAUAAUUCCCAGUGAGCAUGGGCCAUCACUGCCCGGGACUCGACCGAGCAGUGGUGUCGUCUAA